AUGAGAGUGACACUGGUUUUUAUGCUGCUCAUGUCUGUGCUGCAUGUGGCGAUAUCCGGGUCAAUAUAUAAUGAAAAUACCAUUUCAGUCUCUUACGUUGAAAAUGCAGAGGAUACGACAACGGAAGAAAUGACAACAACUGAAGAAAUGACAAGGACGGAAGAAAUGACGACAACAGAAGAAAUGACAACCACUGAAGAAAUGACGACAACUGAGAAGGUUACUACAACAGAGGAAAUGACUACAACUGAAGAAAUGACGACCACAGAAGAAGCGACGACAACAGAAGAAAUGACGACCACUGAAGAAGCGACGACAACAGAAGAAAUGACGACCACUGAAGAAGUAACGACAACAGAAGAAAUGACGACCACUGAAGAAGAAACGACAACAGAAGAACAAACAACAGAAAUGAUGGAAAGUGAAGAAAUGACAACAACAGAAGAGGCGGAUUGUGUGAUAGUUAUAAAACAAAUGACAAUAGAACAAAUGACAGAAGAAAUGACCACAACAGAGGAAAUAACUACAACGGAAGAAAUGACUACUACAGAAGAAGUGACUACUACAGAAGAAGAGACUACAACAGAAGAAACUACAACAACGGAAGAAAUGACGACUACUGAAGAAAUGACAACUACGGAAGAAAUGACAACCGAAAUGAUGGAGAGCGAAGAAAUGACAACAACGGAAGAAGAAACAACAACAGAAGAAAUGACAACCACAGAAGAAAUGACAACCACAGAAGAAGCUACCACUACAGAAGAAACAACAACGACGACAACAACCACAACUACAGAGGCUACAACAACGACCACUACGACCACUACAACAACAACACCUGAACCCACGACUACUAUACAACAAAGGUGUAUAUCAGAUGGUAACGGUAUAUGUGCGGUAACCUGUAACAUCGGCACCUUCAGAGUAGAGGACACGUCGUUCUCGUGCGAGAGUAACCCCGGUACAGUGUGUUGUGUGGAGUCAGCUCGUAGAUCCCAUCGUCGGCGAGUGCGACUACGGGGGCGCAACUGA